AUGGCGUCGCCGGACUCAGCAGAGCGGCGCGAGCUUCUAGCUGCCGCGGAGGCACUAGAGCUGGAGGUGGCUGGGGCUGCGUCCGUGCCCUCACAGCCUCGGGCAUACCUGUCCACGGCCGACAUCGAUGAGGAGUCUGGCGAAGAGGAGGAGGGCGCCGGUGAGGAGUCCGGUGAGGAGUCCGGUGAGGCCUCUCCUCCGCAGGCACGUGCUUGUGUGCAGCACGUUCGGGCGGUCCGCCCACGGAGCAACUCGGUCCUGGAAGCGGCGGCAGUGCCUCCCGAAAGCCUUGCGGCGGAGCUGCUCAUCGAGCACUACCAGCAGCUCUCCCUCCAGCCGGGCAUCGACCUGGAGCAGCUCCGCCGCAAGGCUUUCGGGAUUGCUCCGUGUCGCGAAGUUUUGAGCACCCUCGACCAGGCCGAGUACCGUCGGCAGCUACCACAGGUGGCCGUCGAAACCUGGGAGUCCCUCGAAGCCUUCGAGCGGAGGAAAGGCGAAGAUUACCUGGCCACCGUCCGCGGCGAGAACGGCCAGUACCUUGUCUCGGACGCGCUCAAGAAGAGCCUCCUGGGCGGCAUGUGCCCAUCCUUCGUGUAUGAUGGCGACUGGGCUCCGCUCUUCCGGCCGAUCGACCAGCAGAAGCAGCAGAGGAAGCGGCCCGCCGCGGCUCCGGCGCGAGAUGUGUUAGAUGGGGCCAUCUCGCGCAUCUCGCGGCUCUUUUCCCGUGACCGCCAGGCCUCGCUUGCCUUCGAGCAUGCAUCGACCACGACGAAAUGCUCAGGCGUGUGGCAGCCCAUCUCCGAAUUUUGUCCAGUCUCCUGCUCGACGACAGAGUGCCCGUACCGCUGUAAUCGCGAUGAAGUGGCCAACGUCAAUCAACGGAGGUGCUGGCAGAGAGUGGAGCAAGAUGGCACCAGCUGUGUGGAUGCGAUCCGUGAGGGUCAGGAUUGCCACUGCAAGUGUGCCAACAUUUACUUCACGCAGAGUGGCGUCCAGGGACGUGCAAAUGGAGGGGCGUUUCAGAUCAGUGACAAGGUGGAUGGCGUCUCCCUUGCUGUGGAUCGAAAGGUCUUCGCAGGACGUGUGUUCACCAUUGAUUUCACUGGUGAGCGGAUGCAUGCUGACGACCCGGGCAACGGGCAAGGACCACGCAUGAAAAUUGUCAAGGAUGAUCAGAUUUGCAGCAGAGAUCCUCUACCAUCCAACCUUACGGGCCUGGAGUGCCCGCAACCGAGCGGUGCCGGACUUUCUGCAGGUUGGAUAUGCACGACGCCACCCUCAUUGGCCACUGGGUUCAUGCAUCGCUGGGGUGGGAUCACCAUGAACGCUUGUGGGAAGUUCACGCUUUGCCACUGCAAUAGGAACUGCGACGUGCAGGCCAAUUGGGUCCGUGCCGGCCAUUUGGAGGUGGAACCGGUUCUGACUUGGGGCAGUAUGGGACAACCUCUUCCUGGAUGCGAAGCAUAUAUGCCCACCUUGCCGCCGCUUCCCGACCCUGUAGAGCCUGUGGAGAUUAUGCAAAAAGCUAUUGUCACCACCUACGUCAGCAUUGACGGCGGUCUGCGAGCACAAAGCGUUGUGAUCGCGGCCAUUGAGAUGGCUUUCGCACGGUACACGUCCAUCAGGUCAGACCUGCUUGGCAAGGUUGUUCCAGACGAGGGGUUUUGCCAACUCGACACUGACGACGGCAUGACAUUUGACUUUGCCAGGAGGGCCGCCGAAUGUGCCGAUGACGAUGCGGCUUUUGUAGCCGAGGCUGCAAAGGACAGUGCUCUCGUCAGCUAUGGGGUGCUUUGCCGCAUCACCCAGGAGCUGGACUUGCUUCAGGGAAAUCUGGAGCUGCUUUGCUCUGACCAAACCUUGCAAGCAGCUGCCUGGCACUCAGCUAGAAAGAAAGCGGCAGCUGUGGACCAACUGAGCAGUGACCAGCGAGCCUGGUUACUGGUUCGAAAUCCGUUCGUUUCUCGCUUCCGUGGCGCUGCCAUGCUCGUGAGCUGCUUGUGCUUUCUGCAAUCGAGCAAGCUGCCAGCCCUGAUGGCCACAUUUGUGGUCCUCCCACAGGCCGCCCAGGUGCCUCGCGAGGUGCCGCGCGUGGGCGAGUCCAUCUACAGCCAAGGCUGCUUCUACGAGUACAAGUUUCGUGCCAAACCUGGUGCCAAGUACAGGUACCGUUUCUCAACAGAUGUUUGGACUCCCGAAUGGGGUCACUACCCGAACGAAGAGAAAGGCCGCCUAAUCCGCUAUGGGCAGCUCAUCAGCAAGGGCACCGUGCGAAUGCCCAUGCAAGACACUGAUGAUGACAACGAUGGGUGGGGAUUGUUAGGUGGUGCGUCAAGCGAGGGUGGGGUUGGAGCUCUUCUGCUGGACUGCGACGGCACCCUAGCAGAAACCGAACGGGAUGGGCAUCGCACUGCGUUCAACAAAGCCUUUGAAGAGAAAGGUUUUGACGUGGAAUGGGACGUCGAUCUUUAUGGAGAGCUGUUGACAACUGGUGGUGGAAAGGAGCGUAUGACUCGAUACUUUAAAGAGGUCAAUCCUGAGGCCUGGAGUUUCGCGGACGAGCCUUCCCCUGAAAAUCCGGUCAUCAUGGAGCUGCACGAAUUGAAAACGCAGAUUUUCAUGGACAUUGUGAAGUCAGGUGAGUUGCCGCUGCGAGAGGGCAUCAAGGAGCUGAUCUCUGCAGCAGAUGAUGCAGGUUGGCAACUCGCUGUGUGCUCAACCAGCAACGAGGCCUCCGUCCGUGCAGUCGUGGAAACAAUGUUGCCCGAGUUUGCUGACAAGAUUCAAGUCUUUGCCGGGGAUGUGGUUGCUGCCAAGAAGCCUGACCCGGCCGUCUACAACCUGGCGGCACAAGAGCUUGGUGUUGCACCAAUGCGUUGCGUAGUGGUGGAGGAUACAGGCAUCGGAGCGCAAGCCGGCGCGGCAGCCAACAUGAAGGCUGGUGGGGAGACAUUCGCUGUUGCCAAGGUAACCAUCGGACAUCUGGGUCAGAGUGCAAUGUACGAUAAUGUACGUCUUGACUGCCUGUUCCAGGUCGUAGUCACCAAGAGCGUCUACUCGGCCAAGGAGUUUUUCGGCGAUGCUGAUGCCGUGGUUGAAAGUGCAAGCGAGCUCGACUUCGAGAAGGUCCUGGCAGGUUGCCAGCUCACGUGCGGAAUCUGCCAACCUGCAGCAGAGACCACCAGCACAGGGGCCAUGCUCUCCAGCACGUCGGAAGCACCUGAGCUGGAGAUCACUUGGCCUGGUGAUAGCAAUGCCUUGCGGCUUAUCGUCCGCAUCACCACGCGCACAAACCAAGUACGCACGGAGCUCAUGACGAAGGAGACCACCAGGAGAUGUCUCAUGCAGCCACCUGCCGCCGGAACGACUGUGACUCCACUGGAGCUCCAGACGUCCUCCGCGUACUACAUUUUGUACUACAAAGGUGAGGCGGUGACCUACCACCUGGAGCAAGUGAAAGUUGACCAGAGUCAGCUCUUGAUCAUCAUCUACGAGGUGGGCCUAGUCAUGCCGGGUGGGUGUAUGGAGGCCGCACAGCACCAGUACUCUGGCAUGUGUCGUAGCAUCUCCUUGUGUCCCUGGCGGGACUUUGCCGUUUUCAACGAUCCGAUUAGGUGUUUGAACACAGGAGCGCAGCAUCCAUCUGUUGCAUACGCACAAGACGCUUACCAGCACAAGCUCCCACAUUUCUUGCCUUUACAGGUGGUGAGCCACCACGCAGAACUGAACACGCAAGAAGUGAAGGAACGCUUGAUCGCUCUGGAGUGCGGCAUUCGGAUCACAGACGAGCCGAACCCGCCAGUGGAGGAUCCCAGUGCGUGCGCUGCUGCUGCUGCUGCUGCGUGUCUGGAGGCAGGCGCCUGGCCCCCUAUCGAUGCCAGUGUGACAAAGCUCACAGCGGCCACGAUAAUUGACACGCAAACGCACCACUCCCUCCAAGAAUCAUUUUGGGAUGCCUUGCUGCUCGCUGGACUUGACGAGAUUGGACCGGCAGGAACGGUCAUGAUCAUCAUUGGUGUGACGGUAAGCUUCUGCUUGCAGCUGCUGUUCUGCUGGAUCGUGUGCACCUCUUUUCUCAGCGCUGACGCCAAGUAUGAUUUGACAUACUUGAAAGAAUGGCGCGUUCUCUAUGGGCACUCUGUCAACUUGUAUGACUCUGUGUCGGGCGCAUCCCUGGUCAGCAAAGUAUGUCAAGGGAGGCCCUUCGAACGAGAAUGGUGGAACAAUGCACUUCUCAGCGAGAUAAAUGCCUACCUAAUGCCUGUCAUCCCUGGUGGCUCAGAGAAUGCCUUCACGGUGGGCGUUGUGUUGUCUGGUAUGGCGCUGACCAUCUGGGCCUGUCAUAUUGCAGCAGAACUGCAGAACGUGAGCAGCUUUGCGUCCUCGAUCUAUCAGCUGCCACGGGGCGUCACUCGUGUGAGGCUUUGUGCGGAGGACGAUCGCAUCUUUGAGUGCAUAAGCUUCUGUCGCUUGACCAUGCUCUCCUUUGUGGUCUUUGGGCGCUUUGGCAUCGCAGUGAUGCUGGGCAUCUCCGGGGGUCUCUGGCUGUCGCUGACAAGAGACGUGACAAACAUCAUGCUGAAUGCUGUGGCUUUGCUCUUCAUUCUGGAGAUUGAUGAUUUGCUGUACAAAGUUCUAGCACCCAAACAUGCGAUGAAGUACCUGUCUUCCAUUCGUGAGUUCGAAGUCGGCCAUAGGAAGACGUGGGCUGGUGUGGACAUGUCGAGCGUGCUGAAGUUCACAGCCUUGCUCAUUGCCGUUGCCGUCUUCAUCCGAUGCACUGUCUGGGAGAAUGCGCUUCAAGCCAGAAUGGCUCGUGAGUUUUUGUGCGGUGGCAACCAGGACUUCGUUUAUGGGUCGCACCCGACACUGGGGCCGAUAUUCGUAACUGACACGCUCAGUUUUGAUCAAAGGGCCGAGAACAUGCUUCCCGGAAUGCGCCCGCUGGUUGACGACGUAGUCUUCAACUACGACCGCAAGGACAUGAAGGACCACAUGUGGAGAAAGCACGUGGACGGCAGAGGCAGGGUAGCGAUCAGGCAUGUGCCAUCGGCCAGCGAGAUGCAGAAUUGGCUGCGGAUGUCUGACGCAGAGGCUCCCGAAGAGACCGACUUUGGGAGCCGCAGUUAUGGUACGUUCUGUCACGACAAAAAUCCGACAGCAGAUUGGUGGGAAACUGAAUGGCUGUGGCCGACGCUCCAGGCGCUGACAGGUGCCAGGACCUGCGCCCAGGUGAAGCCUUUCUGCGAUCGCAAAGAUCUGCCGCUCGUGCGCAUGGUCUGCCCCGAGACGUGUGGUUGCGCCAGGGCUGACAGUGGGCUGUAUACCGACAAUGGAUGCCGACAAGCGUGCCAGAAAGAGGCGGUAUUCCAAACCUCCGUGAACCAGUCUGGGUGCCACGAUUUUGGGUCAGACGAGGUCCAGCGCCGGCAGUUAUGGACACACUGGUGGAGCGGUUUCUAUAACAAUUCUUUUGGACUUUGGCUAGAUGACAACUUCAUGAUGACAUUUGCGCGGGAUGGAGCGCAGGGAAACUGCUCAUUCAUUUCUUCGGCUGAAUGGAUCCCUGGUGUUGUUUGCAAGCACCACCCGAGCAUCAGCCGCCCAGCAUCGCUGCUGUGUCCUGAAACCUGCGGGUGUACAGCCGCUGCCUCACCAGGGGGUUAUUGGUGCCCAUCCAACUGCUCCGCGCGCACUGCAUGA